AUGACUAAAAGCAAGCAAGGAAAUGCCGAAGAGGACUAUUCAGCAAAGCUAGAUAAAUGUUUAACGGAUGGAAUUGUGAAAACAGGAGGUGGAAUCGUACUGGGGGCUUUAACAUCAGUUUUAUUCUUCAAAAGAAGGAGAUGGCCAGUUAUUGCUGGCAUGGAAGAAUGCAGCCUAAAGGAUCUAGACAGAUUGAUGUGUAACAUAAAGUUUGUGGUGUAA